GGAGGGACGAUACCCGGACGGAAUGCGCGUGAAUCGGCUAUGUGCAUCGGUAGCACUGCUGUUGGGCUGCACCGCAGCAUUCCCCAUGAGAACGCUGAAACAGCUCCCGAUGGUCCCAUCGCUCACUCAGCUCCCUGAGACCAUUGUAACGCAGGCGUCAGGCAACACAACAAACAUUCAAAUCAGAAAUCCGAUUUGUUUUGGCAAGGAAUCGGUGCUGGUUGGGAUGUUCUGCAUCGGCGCGACGACCGAAGAGGAGGAUAAAGACCCCGACCACAAGCUUCCGAGGCUGACAGUGAAGAUCACGAGGAAAGACAGCUCGCCUCCCAUGACUGUCUUCUUCUUCGAUGAUGAGCACAAUUCUUGGGACGCGUUCUGGAAGAAGAACAUGAUGGGCCGUUCCUGCGAAGAGAUCAGCAAGGCAGCGAAAGCUACCAUCACGGAGAACUCGAUGCAUGCACCUCAGAUCGAUGCCUUCAAGAACAUUCAAGGCAAGUUCUCCCACAACUGGUACGUCGUUGCGGUAGACUGCCGGGACAGGAAGUGUCCGAAGGUUGAAUCCAUCAACGUCAGCUUCUUCCAUCCCAACACAGACGGGGGCACAGGGACGUGUUCCGGGGAGCAGGAUCCGAUGUCGGCGAUGGAGGAAGCUUUUCUUGAGAGUUGGAAGGCGAUGGAGUUGAGAAACAUCAUGCAUGUUGUUGGGGUCUCACCGUUUGGUGUCUUCUUGCUCUACCUCAACUUUGCUGUGAUGCUGAUUUGCUCGUUCCUGUUCCUGAUCUGGGGGCUGAGGGCAGAGAGCGCGAGGAGGUUCCUCUACUUCAACACCUUCUUUGUUACCAGCGUCACUACGAUGUCUUAUCUCGCCAUGGCCACUGGGAACGGAAUUCAGCCGCUGUGGAGAAUCAAGGGGCCUCAGGGAGCAGUGUCAUGGCACUACUCUCAACCUUUCUCUGCGCACUUGGGGGAGCCACAGAAUCCGCACGAAUGGAAGACACUUCAGACUUACCCUCUCUUUUUUGGUCGCCACAUUGCGCAGCUCGUCACGACUCCUCUCAUCCUCCUCGAUCUCUUCCUCAUCACUGGCGCUGGCUUCAGCACAAGAGUCUUCAUGUUUUUCUGCAACACGAUGAUGACGCUCUGCUGGAUGGUUGGUGCAUUUGUCUCAACUCCUUCUCGAUGGGGAUUCUGGGUCUUUGGAAACGCAUUCUGCAUUGGGGUCUGUCUUCCUAUGAUUGGGAUCUUGCCGACUGCAGCUGCAAGGCAAGGUCGUUCAACACGUAAACUCUACGGCGUCCUGAUGUGUAUCACUCUGUACUUUCCUCAAGUUGGAUGGCCACAGCUCUCCAUCCUGAUCUAUCCCUGGGCUUGGGUCCUCAUCGACGGAGCGCAUGGUCGGGUAAGAAACUACAUGUCCUCCCGUACCACUCUCUUCCUCCUCCAUCCUCCUGCCUCUGUCGCUUCCCUUGUCCUGGUUGUUCCUAUAACCCCUGCUCGCUCCCCUUUCUCUCUCUCGCUCAUGGCGGUACCAGUGCGUGUUUGGCGUCAUCCUGCUGCGGAACGCGCCAGCACUGGCAUCAUGGGGCGACGACCUUCAGGUGAAUGGGUUUUGGGCGGGGAGGAGGAGAGGGAGGAGGAAGAGGAGUGCGAGUGCGAGUGCGAGUACGAGGCGGAGGCGGAGGCGGCGGAGGAGGUGGAGACAGUCGGGCUCAGGGGAAACAAGGGCAGCGAACAGGAGCUGGAGCAGAGGGAUUAAUGAUAAUGAACGACAAACCUGUG